AUGCGCCGCGCCGCGGCCCGCGCCCUGCUGCGCGCGCUCUGCCUGCUGCGCCUGCUCUGCCUGCUGCCCGCGCCGCGCGCGCGCGCCGCCGAGCCGCGCCAGCUCUUCCAGGUGCUGGAGGAGCAGCCCCCGGGCACGCUGGUGGGCGCCGUGCGCACGCGGCCCGGCUUCACCUACCGCCUGAGCGAGCGCCACGCGCUCUUCGCGCUCAACGCCAGCAGCGGCGAGCUGCGCACCGCGGCGCCCAUCGACCGCGAGGCGCUGCCCAGCGACGCGCUGGACCUGGUGGUGCUGUCCAGCGCGCCCACCUACCCGACCGAGGUGCGCGUGCUGGUGCGCGACCUCAACGACAACGCGCCCGUCUUCCCGGACCCGUCCGUGGCCGUGGCCUUCAAGGAGGACAGCGGCCGCGGGCGCCAGGUCAUCCUGGACACGGCCACCGACGCGGACACGGCCGCCAACGGCGUGGACCACCGCUCCUACCGCAUCGUGCGCGGCAACGAGGCGGGCCGCUUCUCGCUGGACGUGACGCCGCACCCGGGCGGCGAGGGCGCCUUCCUGCACCUGGUCUCGCAGGGCGGGCUGGACCGCGAGCGCGCGCCGCGCUACCAGCUGCUGGUGGAGGUGGAGGACAGGGGCGAGCCGCGGCGGCGCGGCCAGCUGCAGGUGAACGUGACCGUGCAGGACGUCAACGACAACCCGCCCGUCUUCGGCCGCGCGCGCUACGAGGCGCGCGUGCCCGAGGACGCGCCGCCGGGCGCCAGCGUGCUGCGCGUGGCGGCGGCCGACGCGGACGAGGGCGCCAACGCGGCCGUGCGCUACCGGCUGCAGGACGAGGGCUCGCCCUUCCAGGUGGACCCCGAGACGGGGCUGGUGACGGUGCGCGAGCCGCUGGACUUCGAGGCGCGGCGCCAGUACGCGCUGACCGUGCAGGCGCAGGACGGCGGCGUGCCCGCGCUCACGGGCCGCGCCGAGGCGCUCAUCCAGCUGCAGGACGUGAACGACAACGACCCCGUGGUCAAGUUCCGCUACUUCCCCGCCACGUCGCGCUACGCCUCCGUGGACGAGAACGCGCAGGUGGGCACGGUGGUGGCGCUGCUGACCGUCACCGACGCCGACUCGCCCGCCGCCAACGGCAACAUCUCCGUGCGCAUCCUGGGCGGCAACGAGCAGCGCCACUUCGAGGUGCAGAGCAGCCAGGUGCCCAACCUCAGCCUCAUCAAGGUGGCCAGCGCGCUGGACCGCGAGCGCAUCCCCUCCUACAACCUCACCGUCGCCGUGUCCGACAACUACGGCGCGCCCCCGCACGCCGCCGUGCGCGCGCGCUCCUCCGUGGCCAGCCUGGUCAUCUUCGUCAACGACAUCAACGACCACCCGCCCGUCUUCGCGCAGCCCGUGUACCGCGUCGACCUGAGCGAGGAGGCGCCCCCCGGGAGCUACGUCAGCGGCGUGUCGGCCACCGACGGCGACUCGGGCCUCAACGCGCACCUGCGCUACAGCAUCGUGUCCGGCAACGAGCUGGGCUGGUUCCACAUCAGCGAGCACAGCGGCCUGGUGACCACCGGCUUGGCGGCGCGGCUCGACCGCGAGCUGGCCUCCGAGGUCGUGCUGAACAUCAGCGCCCGCGACCAGGGCCUGCACCCCCGCGUCUCCUACGCCCAGCUGCUGGUCACGCUGCUGGACGUGAACGACCAGAAGCCCGCCUUCGCCCAGCCCCAGGGCUACGCGGUCUCGGUGGUGGAGAACGCCCCCGCCGGCACUGAGCUCCUGGUCCUGACGGCCACCGACGGCGACCUGGGCGACAACGGCACCGUCCGCUUCUCCCUGCAGGACGCAGAGGCCGGCCCGCGGCCCUUCCGCCUGGACCCGGUCUCGGGCAGCCUGAGCACGCUGGCCGCCCUGGACCGGGAGGAGCAGGCCUUCUACUCCCUGUGGGUGCUGGCCUCCGACCUCGGGGCGCCCCCGCAGUCCAGCCUGGCCCAGGUGAACGUCAGCGUGCUGGACCUGAACGACAACAGCCCCCUCUUCUACCCCGUCCAGUACUUCGCCCACAUCCCGGAGAACGAGCCCGCGGGCAGCCCCGUCACCACCGUGUCGGCCACCGACCCGGACCUGGGCCUCAACGGCACGGUCAGGUACAGCCUGUCGGCCGGGGACAGCGCUCGGUUCCAGGUGCACGCCCGCAGCGGGCGCAUCUCCACGCGGGUGGCCCUGGACCGGGAGGAGAAGACCACCUACCAGCUGCAGGUGGCAGCCGUGGACGGGGGCGGCCUGGCGUCCCCCAGCCAGGCCAUCGUCACCGUCACUGUGCUGGACACGCAGGACAGCCCGCCCGUCUUUGGCCAGGCCGUGUACAGCUUCGUGGUCUUUGAGAACGUGGCCGCGGGCUACCCCGUGGGGCGCGUGUCCGCCUCCAGCCGCGACCUGCACGCCAACAUCAGCUACCUCGUCACCACCGGCGACCAGCGGGGCGUGUUCGCCAUGGACCCCGCCACGGGCCAGCUGCGCACGGCGGGCGUGGUGGACAGGGAGGAGCAGUCCUUCUACCAGCUGCGCGUGGUGGCCAGCGGGGGCGCCGUGGCCGGGGACGCCCUGGUCAACAUCACGGUCAAGGACCUGAACGACAACCCGCCCCACUUCCUGCAGGCGGUGGAGGCCGUGGACGUGGUGGAGAACUGGCAGCCGCGGCACAGCAUCUUCCGGGCGCGGGCCUCGGACCCCGACGAGGGCGCCAACGGGCUGGUCCUCUACAGCCUGCGACAGAACCCCCAGGGCCUGUUCGCCAUCGACGAGGACAGCGGGGAGGUGACCCUGCUCGGGGCCCUGGACGUGCACGCGGGCGCCUACCAGCUGGAGGUGGUGGCGGCCGACCGGGGCGUGCCGCGGCUCUCCUCCAGCCUGCUGGUGACCGUGCGGGUGCACGACGUGAACGACCACCCUCCCGUCUUCGACCAGCUCUCCUACGAGGUGGCGCUCUCCGAGGCCGAGCCCGUGAACUCGCGCUUCUUCCAGGUGCGAGCGGCCGACCAGGACUCAGGGCUCAACGGGGAGAUCGUCUACAGCAUCGCCGAGGGCAACGUGGGCGGGGCCUUCGGCAUCUUCCCCGACGGGCAGCUCUACGUGCAGACGGAGCUGGACCGCGAGCUGCAGGACCGCUAUGUGCUGGUGGUGGUGGCGUCCGACCGCGCCGUGGAGCCGCUCCGCGCCACGGUCAACGUGUCCAUCACGCUGGAGGACGUGAACGACAACCGGCCCCUGUUCAACAGCACUAACUACUCCUUCUACUUCGAGGAGGAGCAGGAGGCCGGCGCCUUCGUGGGCCGGGUCAGCGCGGAGGACAAGGACUUCGGGCCCAACGGGGACGUCCGGUACGUGCUGGAGACGGCGCAGCCCGACUUCGAGCUGCACGCGGUGAGCGGGGCCAUUUCCAGCACGCGCCGGCUGGACAGGGAGGCCCUCACGCGCCUCCAGGGGGCCGCCGUGUUCAGCUUCCUGGUCAUCGCCUCGGACCAGGGCCUCCCCCAGCCGCUCAAGGACCAGGCCACCGUGCACGUGUACAUGAAGGACAUCAACGACAACGCGCCCCGCUUCCUCAAGGACUUGUACCAGGCCACCAUCUCCGAGUCCGCGGCCAACCUGACCCAGGUCCUCCGCGUGUCUGCCUCGGACGUGGACGAGGGCAGCAACGGGUUGAUCCGCUACUCCGUCGUCGGAGGCAACGAAGAGAGGCGGUUCGCCGUGGAUGGCAGCUCGGGGCAGGUGACGCUCGUGGGCCGGCUAGACCAUGAGGCCACGCCUGCCUACUCCCUGGUGGUCCAGGCCGUGGACUCGGGCGCCGUCCCGCUCAGCUCCACCUGCACCCUGAGCAUCGAGGUCCUGGACGAGAACGACAACACGCCUUCCUUCCCCAAGUCCACGCUCUUCGUUGAUGUCCUGGAGAACAUGCGGGUCGGCGAGCUGGUGUCCUCGGUGUCGGCCACCGACUCCGACUCGGGGGACAACGCAGACCUGCAGUACAGCAUCGCGGGGGCCGACAACCACGGCACCUUCAGCAUCAGCCCCAACACGGGCAGCAUCUUCCUGGCGAAGAAGCUGGACUUCGAGACCCAGUCCCUGUACAAGCUGAACAUCAGCGCCAGGGACCGGGGCCGGCCGCCGCGCUCCUGCACCAUGUCCGUGGUCAUCCACGUGCGGGACUUCAACGACAACCCCCCCAGCUUCCCGCCCGGGGACAUCUUCAAGUCCAUCGUGGAGAACGUGCCCAUCGGCACGUCCGUGCUCUCGGUGCCCGCCCACGACCCCGACGCCGACAUCAACGGGCAGCUCUCCUACGCCAUCGUCCAGCAGAUGCCCAGGGGCAGCCACUUCGCCAUCGACAAGGCCACGGGCACCAUCUACACCAGUGCUGAGAUCGACCGGGAGUUUGCCAACCUCUUUGAGCUGACCGUGAAGGCCAGCGACCAGGCGGUGCCCGUGGAGACCCGGCGCCACGCCCUGAAGAACGUCACCAUCUUGGUCACCGACCUCAACGACAACGCCCCCACCUUCAUCUCCCAGAACGCGCUGGCCGCGGACCCCGCGGCCGCGGUGGGCUCCGUGCUGACCACCCUGCUGGCCGCAGACCCCGAUGAGGGCGCCAACGGGGAGGUGGAGUUUGAGAUCGUCAGCGGGGACACCGACGCCUUCAUGGUGGACCGGUAUAGCGGGGACCUGCGCGUGGCCUCGGCCCUGGUGCCCUCCAAGCUCGUCUACAACCUUGUCAUCUCUGCCACCGACCUGGGCCCGGAGAGGCGCCGGUCCACCACCGAGCUGACCGUCAUCCUGCAGGGCCACGAGGGGCCCGUGUUCUCGCAGCCCAAGUACAUCACCAUCCUGAAGGAGGGGGAGCCCGUCGGCACCCACGUCAUCGCCCUGGAGGCGUCCAGCCCCGCGGGCGCCCCGGCCACCGUCGAGUACUACAUUGUGUCUGUGCGCUGCGAGGACCAGACCGUGGGUCGCCUCUUCACCAUUGGCCGCCGCUCGGGCCUCCUGCAGACGGCCGCCGUCCUGGACCGCGAGCAGGGCGCCUGCCUCUACCUGGUGCACGUGUUUGCCCUGGAGAAGUCGGCCGCCUUCCCCAGGACGCAGAGAGCAGAGGUGGAGAUCACGCUGCAGGACAUCAAUGACAAUGCCCCCGUCUUCCCGGCGGACACGCUGGACCUCACGGUGGAGGAGAACACGGGGGACGGCUCCAGGAUCAUGCAGCUCACGGCCUCGGACGCCGACGAGGGCGCCAACGCGCUGGUCACCUACAGCAUUGUCAGCGGGGCCGAGGACAGCUUCCGCAUCGACCCGCAGUCUGGGGAGCUGCUGGCCACGCGGCGGCUGGACCGCGAGCGCCGCUCCAAGUACUCGCUGCUGGUGCGGGCGGACGACGGCGUGCAGUCCUCGGACGUGAGGGUCAACAUCACGGUCAGCGACCUCAACGACCACGCGCCCAGCUUCGCGCGGCCCGUGUACUCCUUCGACGUGCCCGAGGACACGGCCCCCGGGUCCCUGGUGGCCGCGCUCUUGGCCACGGACGAGGACGCGGGCGUGAACGGGGAGGUGACCUACGUGGUGAGCGAGGACGACGAGGACGGGACCUUCUUCCUGAACCCGGUCACGGGCGUCUUCAACCUGACGCGCGCCCUGGACUACGAGACGCAGCAGUUCUACGUGCUCACGGUGCGGGCGCAGGAUGGCGGGGGCCAGUCGGCCUCCGUGCGGGCCUACUUCAACGUGCUGGACGCCAACGACAACGCCCCCGUGUUCAGCUCGGCCACCUACCGCGCCUCCCUGCUGGAGAGCCUGCCCGUGGGCGCGGCCGUGCUGGCCCUCAAUGCCAGCGACGCCGACGACGGUGUCAACUCGGAGCUGGCCUACAGCAUCACGUCGGGGGACAGCCUGGGCCAGUUCUCGGUGGACCCGUCCGGGCAGCUGCGGGUCCUGCGGCCACUGGACCGGGAGACCCAGUCCUUCUACAACCUGGUGGUGCAGGUGCACGACCUGGCGCGGCCGCCCGCCCCCCGACUGACCAGCACCGCCCAGGUCUCCAUCAUCCUGCUGGACGUGAACGACAACCCGCCGGCCUUCCUCUCGGCCCGCCUGACCUUCGUGCCCGAGAACACGCCCGUGGACACGGUGGUCUACCGCGCCCAGGCCGCGGACCCCGACAGCGGCCCCAACAGCUACGUGGAGUACACGCUGCGGCCCUCGGACGCCCCCUUCAGCGUGGGCACCAUCGACGGGCAGGUGCGGCUGACCGGCCAGCUGGACCGCGAGCAGGUGUCCAACUACACGCUCACGCUGCUGGCCACCGACAAGGGCCAGCCGGCCCUGUCCUCGUCCACCGAGGUGGUCGUGCGGGUGCUGGACGUGAAUGACAACAGCCCCGCGUUCGCCCGGGCGUCGUACCGCGUGGAGGUGCCCGAGGACACGCUCACAGGGGCCGACCUGGUGCAGGUGUCAGCCGGCGACCUGGACGAGGGUGCCAACGGCCAGGUGCGCUACAGCCUCGUGGCCGGGGACCCGCACCAGGACUUCCGCAUCGACUCGGUCACGGGCGCCAUCUCGGUGGCCAGGCCCCUGGACCGGGAGAGGAGCCCCGAGUACUCGCUGACCGUGCAGGCCUCCGACCGGGGCAGCCCCCCCCGGACGGACACCUGUACGGUCAGUGUCCGGCUGCUGGAUGUCAACGACUUCGUGCCGGUGUUUGAGCUCUCGCCCUACACGGUCCACGUCCCCGAGAAUCUGGGGACCGCGCCCAGGACCAUCCUGCAGGUGGUGGCACGGGAUGACGACCAGGGCGCCAACGGCCAGGUCUCCUACACGCUGGUGGCCGGGGGCCCCGCCUUCACGCUCUCGGCCAGCGGCGAGCUCCGCGUCACCCAGAACCUGGACCGGGAGGCUGAGGCUCUCUUUGUGCUGACGGUCACAGCCACAGACGCAGGCUCCCCUGCCCUCACCGGGACGGGCACGGUCAGCGUCAUUGUCGACGACGUCAAUGACAACGCCCCCGCCUUUGCCAGCGGCACCUACCACACCCAGGUCCCCGAGGACGCGCCCACGGGGACAGACGUGCUGCUGGUGGGCGCCUCGGAUGCAGACGCGGGCACCAACGCCAUCGUCAGCUACAGGCUCCUGGGCGGGAACUCGCAGUUCUCCAUCAACCCGGCCACCGGGCAGCUCAUCACCAGUGCCCUGCUGGACCGGGAGAGCCGUGAGAACUACACGCUCGUGGUGGUGUGCAGCGAUGCCGGCACCCCGGAGCCGCUCUCCAGCUCUGCCACUGUGCAGGUGACGGUGACCGACGUCAACGACAACCCCCCCAGGUUCCAGCACCACCCCUACGUCACCCACAUCCCAGCACCCACGCCUCCAGGCUCCUUCGUCUUCGCCGUCACCGUCACGGACGCCGACACCGGGCCCACGGCCGAGCUGCACUACUCGCUGUCCGGCCGCCACUCGGAGCACUUCCACAUCGACCCGCGGCGGGGCGCCAUCACGGCCGCCGGGCCGCUCCACGGGGCCUCCGAGGUGACGCUGUCUGUCCACGUGCGGGACGGCGGCCCGUCCCCCAAGACCGACGCCACCACCGUGACCGUGCGCUUUGUCAACAAGGCCGAGUUCCCCAAGCUCCGCGCCCCCGAGCACACCUUCCUGUUUCCCGAGAGCCAGCGCGUGGGCACGCCGGUCACCACGGUGACGGGCUCGUCCUCCCGGGCGGAGCCCGUGUCCUACUACAUCGCCAGCGGCAACCUGGACGGCUCCUUCCACAUGGACCAGCUCACGGGGCAGCUGUCCAUCGGGCGGCCGCUGGACUUUGAGCGGACGCAGAGCUACGUGGUGUGGGUGGAGGCCCGCGACGGGGGCUUCCCCCCGUUCUCGUCCUACGAGAAGCUGGACAUUGCCGUGCUGGACGUCAACGACAACCCCCCCACCUUCCGGGAGGACCCCUUCGUGGCGGAGAUCUCGGAGAACCUCUCUCCCCGCAAGGUGCUGACCGUCUCGGCCACCGACCGGGACAGCGGCCCCAACGGCCAGCUGGGCUACGAGAUCGUGGGCGGCAACGAGGAGCUCAGCUUCGCCAUCCACCCGGGCAGCGGGGAGAUCCGCAGCAUGCGGCCGCUGGACCGGGAGCGGACGGCCCGCUACGUGCUGACCGUGCGCGCCUCGGACAAGGGCUCCCCGGGCCGCAGCGCCUCGGCCCAGGUCAUCGUCCACGUGCUGGACGAGAACGACAACGCACCCCGCUUCUCCCAGAUCUUCAGCGCCCGCGUGCCCGAGAACUCCCCGCUGGGCGCCACCGUCACGCGCGUCACCACCUCGGACGAGGACGUCGGGGCCAAUGCCGUGAGCCGCUACUCCAUCGCCGACCCGUCCCUCCCCUUCACCAUCAACCCCAGCACGGGCGACAUCGUGGUCAGCCGGCCCCUGGACCGGGAGGACACCGACCGGUACCGCAUCCGGGUGUCCGCGCAGGACUCGGGCUGGACGGUCAGCACGGACGUGACCGUGGUGGUGACGGACGUGAACGACAACCCGCCCCGCUUCUCACAGCCCUCCUACCUCCUUGAGUGCCCCGAGCUGCCCGCCGUGGGCUCCCGGGUGGCGCGGCUGUCGGCCAGCGACCCCGACGAGGGCCCCAACGGGCAGCUCUUCUACUACAUCAAGUCGCAGUCCGAGUUCUUCCGGAUCAACGCCAGCACGGGGGAGAUCUUCAACAAGCAGCCGCUGAGGUUCCAGAACGCCAGUGGCCCUGGCAGCGCCCACGCCAACCGGCACAGCUUCGUGGUGACCUGCUCUGACCGCGGCAGCCCGGCGCUGCUCAGCGAGACCACGGUGACCGUCCAGACGGUGGACAGCAACGACCACGCGCCCCGCUUCCUGCAGACGCACUACUUCACGCCGGUCGCCAAGACGGUGGCGGUGGGGACGCGGCUGCUGCAGGUGGUGGCCCGGGACGAGCAGGACUUCGGGCUCAACUCGGAGGUACAGUACUUCUUCGCCGACGACCAGCACCUGGGCAGGUUCCGGCUGGACCGGCACACGGGCUGGCUGUCCGUCGCCGCCCCGCUGCUGUCCGACCUGGACCGCCCCUUCGUGCUGCCGGUGACGGCCCAGGACCGGGGCAAGCCCCCGCUGUCGGCGCAGGCCACGGUGCGGGUCCUGGUCACCGAGGAGAACCACCACAGCCCCGAGUUCCCGCAGCGCCACGUCAGCCUCACGGUGCCCGAGAGCCAGAGCGUGGGCACGGCCCUCAGGACGGUGUCGGCGCGUGACCGGGACGCGGGCGCCAACGGCGAGCUGCGGUACAGCCUCGCGGCGGGCAACGGGGACGGGCUCUUCUCCAUCAACGCCUCCACGGGCGUCCUCAGCCUGGCCCGGCCGCUGGACUACGAGCUCAGCCCGCAGCACGAGCUGACCGUGCUGGCCACCGACGGCGGCUGGGCAGCCCGGACGGGCUCCUGCCGGGUGACGGUGCAUGUGGUGGACGUGAACGACAACGCGCCCGUGUUCCAGCCGGCCGAGUACAGCCCCAGCGUGCUGGAGAACGCGCCCAGCGGCACCACCGUGCUGCGGCUGAACGCCACGGACGCCGACUCGGGCGUCAACGCCGUGACCGCCUACGCGCUGCAGGCGUCCGACAGCGACCUGUUCGUGGUGGACCCCAACACGGGCGUGCUCACCACGCAGGGCUUCCUGGACUUCGAGGCCCAGCAGAGCUACCGGCUGACCGUCAAGGCCUUCAACGUGCCCGACGAGGACCUCUGCGGCUUCGCCUCGGUGCUGGUGCGGCUGCAGGGCGCCAACGAGUAUGUGCCACGCUUCGUGUCCCGGUCCUAUGCCUUCCAGGUGUCGGAAGCCGCGCCCCCGGGCACUGUGGUGGGCGAGGUGUUCGCCAGCGACCGGGACCGCGGCCCCGACGGCGAGGUCUACUACCUGCUCUUCGGCGCCAGCCGCAGGAAGGGCUUCCGCGUGCACCCCCGCUCGGGGCAGCUCCUGGUGUCCGGCCGCCUGGACCGCGAGAAGGAGGAGCGCGUGUCCCUGAAGGUGCUGGCCAAGAACGCCGGCAGCAUCCGGGGCGCCGACGUGGACGAGGUGCUGGUGAACGUCACGGUGCUGGACGCCAACGACCCGCCGGUCUUCAGCCUGCCUGUCUACGCGGUGCAGGUCAGCGAGGGCGUGCCGCCGGGCACCCACGUCACCUUCGUCAGCGCCUUCGACUCCGACUCGGUGCCCAGCUGGAGCCGCUUCUCCUACGCCCUCGGCGCCGGCAACGAGCGCGGCGCCUUCUCCGUCCACCCGCAGACGGGCCAGAUCACCGUCACGGCUGAGCUGGACCGCGAGACGCUGCCCGUGUACAACCUCACGGUGCUGGCGGUGGACGCGGGCUCACCCCCGGCCACGGGCAGCGCCUCCCUGCUGGUCACCCUGGAGGACAUCAAUGACAACGGGCCGCAGCUGCUGGUGACGGAGGGCGCGGUGCUGGAGAACCAGCGCCCCGGCACGCCGGUGCUGAGCCUGCGGGCCAGCGACCCCGACCUGCCCCCGAACCAGGGCCCCUUCUCCUACCACCUGCUCAGCGGGGGCCCCGCCACCAGCUACUUCAGCCUGAGCCCGGCCGGCGUGCUCAGCACCACGCGCGAGAUCGACCGCGAGCAGAUCGCCCACUUCCGCCUGGCCGUGGUCACGCGGGACUCGGGCGUGCCCCAGAUGUCGUCCACGGGCACGCUGCUGGUCACGGUGCUGGACCAGAAUGACAACCCCUCGCAGCCGCGCGCCGUGGAGAUCUUCGUGCACUACUUCGGGGCCUCCUUCCCCGGGGGCGUCCUGGGCUCCGUGAGGCCGCUGGACCCUGAUGUGCAGGACACCUUCCACUGCUCUCUGACCGCGGGUGUGCCCGGCGUCUUCAGCAUCCCGGCGGGCACCUGCGACCUGAGUGCGCAGCCCCGCGCGGCCGACGGUGCCUUCGACCUGGCGGUGCUCAGCAGUGACGGGCUCCACGGGGCGGUCACCACCAGCGUGCGCGUUUCCUUCUCCGGCUUCUCUAACGCCACCGUGGACAGCAGCGUGCUGCUGCGGCUGGCCGUGCCCAGCGUCGGGGACUUCCUGGCCGACCACUACCUGCCCUUCCUGCGCGUGGCCAGCGCCCAGCUCCCUGGGCUGGGCACGGCUGUGCAGCUCUAUGGCGCCUAUGAGGAUGGUGGCCGGACCUUCCUGCUGGCCGCCGUGCGCCGGGGCCCUGGCCAGUACGUGAACCCCAGUGGGGCGGCCACCUUCUUCCAGAGCAUCAAGGACGCGCUGCUGCGGCAGGCCGGGCUGCAGGUGGAGGCGGUCGACCACGAGCCCUGUGCCGUCCGCCCCUGCCGUAAUGGGGGCAGCUGCCAGCGCCGGCUGGCCGUGGGCCCCGCGCUGCAGACGCACCAGAGCCCCCCGGUCAUCCUGGUGGCCCCCCAGCCGCUGCCGCCCUUUCUGUGCCAGUGUCCACCCGGCUACACGGGCGAGCACUGUGAGACGGACAUUGACGAGUGCCUGCCGGGCCCCUGCCACAACGGCGGCUCCUGCCACAACCUGGUGGGCGGCUUCUCCUGCAGCUGCCCCGACGGCUUCACCGGCCGCGCCUGCGAGCGGGACGUGAACGAGUGUCUGUCCAGCCCCUGCAGGCACGGCGCUGCCUGCCAGAACUUUCCCGGCUCCUUCAGCUGCGCCUGCAAGGCCGGCUACACGGGGAGGACGUGCGAGGCCGCGGUGGACUACUGCGAGGGCAGCCCCUGCUUCAACGGCGCCUCGUGCCAGAGUGGGGUCGACACCUACCACUGCCGCUGCCCCUUCGGCGUCUUCGGCAAGCACUGUGAGCUCAGCAGCUACGGCUUCGAGGAGCUCUCCUACAUGCAGUUCCCCAGCCUGGACGCUAACAACAACUACAUCUACAUCAAGUUUGCCACGAUCAGGAGCCACGCCCUGCUGCUUUACAACUACGACAACCAGACCGGGGACAGGGCUGAGUUUUUGGCUCUGGAGGUUGCAGAAGAAAGAUUGAGGUUUUCCUACAACCUGGGCAGUGGCACCUACAAACUCACCACCAUGAAGAAGGUGUCCGACGGCCUGUUCCACACGGUGAUCGCCCGCAGAGCUGGCAUGGCCGCGUCCCUGACGGUGGACUCCUGCUCUGAGAACCAGGAGCCGGGCUACUGCUCUGUCAGCAACGUGGCCUCCUCCGACGACUGGACGCUGGAUGUCCAGCCCAACCGUGUGACGGUGGGGGGCAUCCACUCGCUGGACCCCAUCCUGCAGCGGCCAGGCCAGGUGGAGAGUCACGACUUCGUGGGCUGCAUCAUGGAACUCGCGGUCAACGGGCGGCCGCUGGAGCCCGGGCAGGCCCUGGCCUCACAGGGCAUCCUGGACCAGUGCCCACGGCUGGCAGACGCCUGCACACAUCAGCCGUGCCAGCACGGAGGCACCUGCACGGAUCACUGGUCCUGGCGCCACUGCCGCUGCCCCGCGGGCCUGACCGGGAAGUUCUGCGAGAAAUCCAUCACCCCGGACACGGCCCUGUCCCUGGAGGGCCGCGGGCGCCUGGAUUACCACCUGAGCCAGGCCGAGAAGCGCGAGUACCUGCUGCGACGGGCCCUCCGGGGGGCCGCCCUGGAGCCCUUCGGCGUGAACAGCCUGGAGGUGAAAUUCCGGACCAGGAGCGAGAACGGCGUGUUGGUCCACGUGCAGGGGAGCAGCGACUACACCACCGUGAAGAUCAGGAACGGCAGAGUGCACUUCACGUCGGACGCGGGUGUGGCGGGGAAGGUGGAGCGCAGCCUCCCCGAGGCCUACGUGGCUGAUGGGCAGUGGCACACCGUCUCCCUGGCGCGGAACGAGACGGCCACGGUGCUGUCCCUCGACCACCUGCACCGCCGGGACAUCCUGCAUGCCACGCAGGACUUUGGGGGGCUGGACGUGCUCACCAUCUCCCUGGGGGGCAUCCCGCCCAGCCAGGCCCACCGGGACGCCCAGACAGGCUUCGCCGGCUGCGUGGCCUCCGUGCUGUACGGCGCCGACUCGCUGCCCUUCAGCGGGAAGCACCGGCUGGCCUCCAUCUCCAGGACCGACGCGUCGGUGAAGGUGGGCUGCCGCGGCCCGAGCGUCUGCGCCAGCAACCCGUGCUGGGGCGAGCUGCUGUGCCUCGACCAGUGGCACGCGUUCCAGUGCGUGCCGCCCGGGGCCUGCGCCUCGCAGCCCUGCCUGCACGGCGGCCGCUGCGAGCCGGGCCCGGCCGGCGGCUUCUCGUGCAGCUGCCCCGACUCGCACACGGGCCGCGCCUGCGAGACGGCGCUGGCCUGCCUGGGCGUGCGCUGCGCGCCGGGGCGCGAGUGCCGCGUGGGCGCGGGCGGGCCGGUGUGCGCGCCGGGGCCCGAGCCGCAGGAGCCGUCGCUGCCGCUGUGGGCCGUGCCGGCCAUCGUGGGCAGCUGCGCCACGGCGCUGGCCCUGCUGGUGCUCAGCCUGAUCCUGUGCCACCAGCGGCGCGGCGCGCGCGCGCGCGCGCGGGCGGCGAGAAGCGGCCGCGGGCGGCGCCGGCCAAGCCGGCCAAGAAGCCGAAGAAGAAGAAGGGCAGCGAGAACGUGGCUUUCGACGACCCCGACCGCGCGCCGCCCUACGCCGACGACCUGACGGUGCGCAAGCAGCCCGAGGGCAACCCCAAGCCCGACAUCAUCGAGCGCGAGAACCCCUACCUGCUCUACGGCGACGCGCCGCCCGCCGCCGUGCCCAGCGCGCCGCCGCCCGCGCCCGAGCCCGACGUGGAGCACUACGA